AUGGUGUACGGACGAAGCGUGGCAUGGCGACAGUCACUGCAGCAAGCCAGUCGACGAGCAUACAAUACAUCAACAUGUAGAGCAUGCCAGGCGCAAUUGCGCGCAUCGCAAAUAGCUCCAAAAUCAUUGCGGGCGACGACAAGACCGCAGACGAUACAGUUACGGACUACUUUGGCUGCCUCACGCGACUUCACAUCCUCCACCGCAAGGAGGAAAGAGAAGCCAUCUGAUGAAGACGCCAAGAACGAUAUUGUUGACAAGCCAAGGCAGGAGGAGGACAGUAGCGAGGCGAAGGGCAAGUCAUCCGAGCCAGCGCCGAUCCCAGGCGCGGCAGAUGGUAAGGCAGCAGCAGCAGGCAGUGGAGGCAAUGGUGGCGAGUCGGGAUCUGGAUAUAGUGAUGGUGGUGGGCGUGGCAAGCGUGGCAAGAUAGCCGGAAGAGAGCUUGUCAAGCCAUCAGUACCCGAUGUCUACCCCCAAGUGAUGGCGAUACCCAUCGCACAACGACCAUUAUUUCCUGGCUUCUACAAGGCGAUCACGAUUAGGGAUCCAAACGUCAUUGCGGCAGUCCAGGAGCUACUGAAGCGAGGUCAGAGCUACGUGGGUGCAUUCCUGCUCAAGGAUCAGGAUAGCAGUCAAGAUGUUAUCAAUGACCCAAGCGAGGUGUACGAUGUAGGUACAUUUUGUCAGGUGACGGGCGCAUUCCCAGCGGGUCAUGGUGAGGACAGAGCUUUACAGGCUGUAUUGUACCCACACCGAAGGAUAAAGCUCAGCGAGCUCAUACCACCAAACCGCAGCCCACCUGCUCCACCAAUGCCGGAGCAGGCACCUGCGGCCAACAUCGAGGCCACGCCAUCAGAAGAGCAGGGCGAGCAACCGGAGACAGACGAACAGAAGGGUGGUGUAAUCGCCAGCUUCGAAGAGCAGAACAAGGAUGCCGAGCAGCAAAAAGCGCUCGAGGUAAACUCCCCAACCGCCUUCCUCCGCUCCUGGCCUGUCAGUCUCGUCAAUGUGGAGAACCUCGCCGACGAGCCAUUUGAUAAAAACGCACCCACCAUUCGCGCCCUAAUCUCCGAGAUCGUGAACACCUGCAAAGACAUCGGUAACGUCAACCACCUCUUCCGCGACCACGUCAGCGCAUUCGCCAUGUCCCAAUCCGCAGCGAAUAUCGCCGACGAGCCAGCCAAACUAGCCGACUUUGCAGCCGCAGUCUCGGGAGGCGAGAUGGAGGAGGCGCAAGCUGUACUUGCAAGCUUGAACAUCGAGCAACGGCUCAGCAAAGCACUAGAGGUGAUCAAGAAAGAGCAUAUGAAUGCCCAGCUCAGCAGCAAGAUAAGCAAAGAUGUCGAGUCUAAGAUACAGAAGCGACAGAGGGAGUACUGGCUCAUGGAACAAAUGAAAGGUAUCCGCCGCGAGCUGGGCCUUGAGAGCGACGGCAAGGACAAAUUGGUCGAAAAGUUCAAGGAGAAGGCUGCUAAGCUCGCCAUGCCUGACCCAGUGCGAAAGGUCUUCGACGAAGAAAUCAAUAAGCUUGCGCAUCUCGAGCCGGCGGCUAGUGAGUUCAACGUUACACGGAAUUAUCUCGACUGGUUGACGCAGAUACCAUGGGGUCAGCGCUCGGCAGAGAACUUUGGCAUCAAGCAUGCACGAGAAGUCCUGGAUGAGGAUCAUUAUGGUCUUAAGGAUGUCAAGGACCGUAUCCUGGAGUUCAUCGCUGUCGGUAAGCUGCGUGGGACUGUGGAGGGAAAGAUCCUGUGUAUGGUUGGGCCUCCCGGUGUGGGCAAGACGUCGAUCGGGAAGUCCAUUGCUCGAGCGCUGAAUCGACAAUACUACCGCUUCUCCGUCGGUGGUUUGACGGAUGUGGCUGAGAUCAAGGGACACAGAAGGACAUAUGUUGGGGCUUUGCCUGGUCGCAUCAUUCAGGCGUUGAAGAAGUGCCAGACUGAGAACCCGCUGAUUCUGAUCGAUGAAGUGGAUAAGAUUGGGAGGGGUCAUCAAGGUGAUCCUUCUAGUGCUUUGUUGGAAUUACUGGAUCCGGAGCAGAAUAACAGUUUCUUGGAUCAUUAUAUGGAUGUGCCGGUUGAUCUCAGCAAGGUGCUUUUCGUCUGCACGGCGAAUAUGCUCGAUACUAUUCCGAGGCCGUUACUGGACCGUAUGGAAGUUAUUGAGCUAUCUGGAUAUGUGGCCGAUGAGAAGAUGGCUAUUGCUGAGAGAUAUCUUGCACCUCAAGCCAAGGAGACGUCUGGUUUGAAGGAGGUAGAUGUGGAGCUCGACAAGGAGGCCAUUCACGAGCUGAUCAACAAAUACGCUCGCGAGUCCGGUGUCCGAAACCUGAAAAAGCAGAUCGAGAAAGUCUACCGCAAGUCCGCACUCAAAAUCAUCCAAGAUCUCGGCGAAGACGCCUUCAGCGAAGAGAAAGCCUUGACACCAGAAGGCAAAGAAGCCCAAGAGGCCUCCAAAGAAGACCAAACCGACGCCAAAGACACUCCAAGUGAAGCGCAAAUGGAGAAGGAAACAACAGAAAUCCCUCGCGUUGCGCUCAAAGUCCCCGACUCUGUCCACGUACGCAUCGACAAGGACAACCUAAAAGACUACGUCGGCCCACCCGUUUUCACCGCUGACCGCCUCUACGACACCACGCCCCCCGGUGUGGCUAUGGGCCUUGCCUGGACGCAAAUGGGCGGCGCAGCCUUGUACGUCGAGUCCAUCCUUGGCGAAGCCCUAACAUAUUCGUCCCGCCCCUCCUUCGAACGGACCGGCAACUUGAAAGCCGUGAUGAAAGAAAGCACCCUCAUCGCCUACUCCUUCGCCAAAGGCCUCGUAGCCCGCCGAUUUCCCGGCAAUAAGUUCUUCGAUAAGGCGAAGGUGCAUUUGCAUUGUCCUGAGGGGGCGGUGCAGAAAGAUGGUCCCUCCGCGGGGAUCACCAUGGCGACGAGUCUGUUGAGUUUGGCGUUGGGGAAGGAGGUUGAUCCGACGGUGGCGAUGACGGGGGAGUUGACUGUUACGGGGAAGGUGUUGAGGAUUGGCGGGUUGAGGGAGAAGACUGUCGCGGCUAGGAGGGCGGGGGCGAGGAUGGUGGUGUUUCCGAGGGAUAAUUUGAGUGAUUGGAUUGAGUUGCCUGAGAAUAUUAAGCAGGGGAUUGAAGGUAAACCUGUCGAUUGGUAUUCGGAUGUUUUUGAUCUGGUCUUCCCUGGUGUGAACGCCGAGGAAGUGAAUCAGCUGUGGAAGAAGGAGUUACGGAGGCCAUCGAAGGAGGAACGAGAGGCGGAGGAGCGGGAUAGUGGGUUCGAGAGCGACUAG